CGACCCCGUCCUCCUCUGCCAUCAUCCAGUUCAGCGCACCCAGUUACUGUAUAUAACCAGAUUAUUAACUAAAAAUAUAUUAAUAAAAGCAACUUCUCUUUUCUCAGUUCUCCAAAUCUCACUUUCUCCGUUCGAAUCUCUUGGAACUCCCUCGCUCCAAUCGUAGAUCUACCCGAUCCGAUCUGAAAAUGAACGACGCGGAUGUCUCGAACCAGAUCCAGCAAAUGGUGAAAUUCAUCCGCCAAGAAGCGGAGGAGAAGGCGAAUGAGAUCUCAGUCUCAGCUGAAGAAGAAUUUAAUGUCGAGAAGUUGCAACUGGUUGAAGCCGAAAAGAAGAAGAUUAGACAGGAAUAUGAGCGAAAAGAGAAGCAGGUUGAAAUUCGGAAGAAAAUUGAGUAUUCCAUGCAGCUUAAUGCUUCUCGUAUCAAGGUUCUUCAAGCUCAGGAUGAUUUGGUUAGCUCCAUGAAGGAGGCAGCUGGGAAGGAGCUCCUUCAUAUUAGCCAUGACCACCAUGUGUACAAAAAGCUUCUGAAAGAACUGAUUGUUCAAAGCUUGCUCCGACUGAAAGAGCCAGCCAUAUUAUUGCGUUGUCGAAAAGAGGAUCUUGAGCUGGUGGAGUCCGUUUUGCAUUCAGCAAAGCAGGAGUAUGCUGCGAAAGUGAAUGUUCAUCCUCCUGAUAUUUUGGUUGACAAUCAAGUCCAUCUGCCACCUGCUCCUAGCCAUCAUCAUGCACACGGGCCUUUCUGCUCUGGAGGGGUUGUAUUGGCUUCUCGAGAUGGGAAGAUUGUUUGUGAGAAUACUCUGGAUGCACGGCUGGACGUUGUCUUCCGGAAGAAGUUGCCAGAGAAUUUCUUUCAUGGUGGCGGGAUGGUCUAUGGCGAGGCCUGAUGUAUCGAAGAUUCGGAAGCGGCUUUUUGGCGAGGUUACUGUGUGAUUAUUCAGGGUAAUUUGUGCCAUUACUUCUCUUCUAUCUGAGAUUGUAAGUUGGUGAUUAUCCAUCCACCAUUCCUAUUGCUUGUGUUUUCCAGCACCAGGAGGUGUUUGUUUGUUCAUUUGAUGACACUGGCUUCUUGUAUGUGUAAUUUAUGGCCUUCAGUUCUGGGAGGCAAUUAUUUGUUGAUUAGAAGACAUUGCCAUUUGAUUAUUUUGAGUUGGACACAUCAAUCGAACUCUGGUUUUUAAUAUUAGUAAGAUGCAUCUAUUUGCCAUGUUUCUUCA